UGCGCGUUCUUGAGCCACGCACCUGCAAGAUGACGUCAUACCGUGGCUUCACUGCAGGUUGACCUUGUCUAGAGGAGCAUUAGUGAAAAAAAACAGGGUAGCCCUGAGACAAUAGGAUGCCGUCACGACCAAUGAGACUGGCCUGCAGGGGGCGCAAGGAUUCACUUCUCUCUUGGACACUGGCGGGUGUAGACACGGUAAUUAUGAUCCUGGCGUUGGCCGUCAGUGGAAGAGCGUAGCUUAGGUGGGGUUCUGUCUGCCUCUGAUGGGGUGCGGAUGUAUGGUUCGUCACUGGUGAAUGGUGUUCGACGAUGCAGGUGGAUUUUGUGACAAGCGGAUUUACAAUGAGGGAAUGCUGUGAACGGGAAAAAUGAUGAGCUGUCCUAACUUGCCCAGACAUGCCGUGAUGACGUCACAGCUGACGUCACAGGAUGUCCGGAACUGGUGGUCAUAGCUGCGAUGCUUUGCAACCUGCCUCUGUGCUCCGUCGCCCAGCGACGCACCCAAGAGAACGGGCAUGCUCAAAGGUCUACGGAUGAAGGCUCAGGGUGGAUACGCACACCUGGGCUACUUCCUUCCCAUCUACUUGUCCCCCAUCCUCUACGACGGGUCCCAAGAAAGCAAGUAUCUCUAUUUCGUGCUGCUUCUACUCUUUCUGUGGGCGUUCAACUCUAUUCCAAAACCCAUAACUGCUUUCCUGCCCGUCGUCAACUACCCACUCAUCGGCGCUAUGACGCCGAACCAAGUCGCGGCUCACUACCUUUCGGUGGAAGUGUUGAGCACAACAGCCGUACUUCUCCUGGUGUCAGCAGUGGAUUCCGCUACAACAAUCGUGCCUCGCAUCGGGCUCAAACUCUGCUCUCACUAUGGACUCCGUAGAGCAAAGCCUUUCCUGAUCCUGUGCCUGUUCACGUUCCUCGCAGCCAUGUUCUGCUCGACCACCACACUUGCUGCUCCGCUGCUUUACUUCAUCGAUAGAGUGUUGCAAUUUCUGCAUAACGAACACUUGGACACCACCUCCGAGCAUUCUGCACGCUAUCGGUCCCAGGACAACACUAACGCAUCCACGGGAAAAGACGCAGAUGAUCUUUUUGAUAAACUUGCAGAGGCCGUGAUUCGCAUGAGAUCUGCAAGGCCUUCUCCACGAAGACAGCGUGGAAGACGUGGCAGAGCCGGACACACCGAUUAUACUGACGCCAAAGAAAUCCUUAGUGAUAGCUGUGCUUCUCCUGACCAUCGCACCCCUCUCAAACGAAGACAUUCUUUAGCGUCCACACGAGAAUUCUCAAGCAUGAUCAUUGGCGAUGAAGCAACGAGUCCAGCGGACGUACGGCGCACCGAACGGCGCAUGGAACGGCGCCCUUCUAUCCUGAAGUCCACCCCGUCUUCUGCAAAGGCCUCGAGGCGAUCGUCCGUGGUCGACUUUGCGCCUGUAGAGAAAAGUGCAAAAACAGAAACUAAUCAAAAUAAGAAAAGUCCUGAAGGCACCAGAAAGGCUGUGGUACAACACGAGAGCCUAUUAUCCGACUCUCCGAAGGCCCCGAGUCCGGAACCUAUGCGCUCAGUGGAUCUUCGCCCCAGAGGCUCACGAGCAUCAGUGCAAACGUUAUCAGGAUCCCUCAACACUACCUUCUACACGGUACGAGGAAGUCGAGGGACGCUGGUCGAAGAAAUCGAAGGAUACGGAUUCGUCAGGCGCCACAGCUUGGCAGGGACGCGCCGAGCUUCGAUGGGUAGAGCUUCUAGUGUCUCUCAAAUCACUGCCCUCAAUGAAAUGGAAAAGGCUACGAAAGCACGCGAACGGAGACGCUUAGAUAUGAGAAGCGCGUUCCUCAUCGCACCUGCCAUAGUCUGCAUGCUGGGCAGUCUAUCCAGCCUCGCUACAAUACCUGGGAAAGAAGCUAUCGUGGCCCUACUGCAGCAUGUCCAAGAAGUCCGCAGGAAUCGGACGCUUGCAAUCAAAAUGGACAUAGUUGAAAUAAACCUUUGGACGUGGACUGCGAUCGUUCUUCCGGCAUGCCUGGUCGUCUUCGCCUUCUGCUGCUUGUAUUUCUACAUGACGAACUUACGCCCCUACGAACUUGGGGAAGCGGACCAGCAGGAAACAGUAACGGCCUCCGCAAAAACCAGGCUCCGGGCGAUGGGACCCCUAUCAGGGCUGGACUACUUGUUCCUCUACUGUCUCGGAAUAUACGUCGCUUGUACAGCUGUGGUGAUGUUCUCCGGUCUUGAGAGAUUGCUGCCUCAAGUAAGCCUUCUAUCCAUCACGUUGGUAGUGGUGUCAUUCAAAGUGCCCUGGUCAAGGACUGAGCUCGUCACUGUGGAGUUGGUCAAAUCUAAGCUCCCUUGGGGCGCUCUCUUAAUGCUUGGCGCCUCUCACGCCGUUACGCAACUUGUGCUGAAGAAAGAUCUCGUGGGAUACACAAUGCGAUAUAUUCACAUCAAUAAAUAUUUUUGGACCCAUCAGCCACCCAUCGUGAGUCAAACCGUCCUGGCAACGUUCGCAUCUCUAAUGGCUGAAAGUACCAACAACGCUGUGCUUACUGGUGUCCUUAUGGAUGUUAUCAAAGGCGUUGCUAUGGACACCAAUAGAUACGUGGUUUACUAUGCAAUACCGGUGGCCAUCGGUGCCUGCACCAAUACCAUCCUACCAAUGUCAGUGCCAUUGGUGUUUCUACAUGACUGCACUGACGUUACCCUCUUGCAACUCUUGGUGAUUGGCGUUGCGGUGAAGGCACUUCUGAUUGCAUUGGUGAUGUUGUCGGUGAACACCACAGGACGCGUACUGCUCAACGUCGCUGAUCCUAUUGUGCCUUACCAUCGCCCAGUGAUCUUCAACGCUACCAAUUUGACAAUCACCGGCGAAGAAGUCCCAUAGAAUUUGUACAAAUGAACGCUGGAACAGCACUGAUCAAUGCUUUUAAUGUCGCUUGGGGCCAAUACAGAAGCUCCUACUACAAAAUAGUAUAGACGUGCAAUUCAUCAGAUUUAUCCAUGCAAUAAAUGCGAUGUACCUUGG